AUGCUACUGAGCGGAGCUCCUCCUCCGGGCUCCGGCCCCGGGCCGCGGGCGCAGGGCAACGCGGGAGGCGGCCCCGGGGGGUCCCGCCGCGGGGCCGGGGGCGCGGGGACCGGCCCGGGAGGGGGCGGCAGCGGCGGAGUGGCCAAGUGGCUGCGGGAGCAUCUGGGCUUUCGCGGGGGCGGCGGCGGAGGGGGCGCCAAGCCCGCCCCUCCGGAGCCCGACUACCGCCCCCCAGCGCCCUGCCCGGCCGCGCCCCCUGCGCCGCCCCCGGACAUCCUGGCCGCCUACCGGCUGCAGCGGGACCGCGACUUCGAGGACCCCUACACCGGGGGCCCGUCCGCGUCCGCCGCCCUUUCCACCCCCGCCGCCCCUGGCCCUACUCCGCCCCCGCGCCACGGCUCACCCCCGCAUCGCCUCAUUCGGGUCGAGACCCCCGGCCCCCCGGCGCCCCCUCCGGAGGAGCGGAUCUCCGGACCCCCUGCCAGCGGCGACAGGUUGGCAAUCCUAGAGGACUAUGCGGACCCAUUUGACGUUCAGGAGACUGGUGAAGGCUCAGGAGGCGCUUCAGGAGCUUCAGAAAAGGUCCCUGAAAAUGAUGGCUACAUGGAGCCUUAUGAGGCCCAGAAGAUGAUGGCUGAGAUCCGGGGUUCUAAGGAGACAGCAGUUCAGCCCCUACCUCUCUAUGACACACCUUAUGAGCCAGAGGAUGAGGGGGUCAGCCCAGAAGGAGAGGGCACUCCCUGGCUCAGGGAGUCCCGUCUGCCUGAGGACGACGAGAGGCCUCCGGAGGAGUAUGACCAGCCCUGGGAGUGGAAGAAGGAACGGAUUUCCAAAGCCUUCGCUGUUGACAUAAAGGUCAUCAAAGACCUACCUUGGCCUCCGCCUGUGGGACAGCUGGACAGCAGCCCCUCCCUGCCUGAUGGGGACAGGGACAUCUCCGGUCCAGCUUCACCCCUCCCUGAGCCCAGCCUGGAAGACAGCAGCGCCCAGUUUGAAGGAUCGGAGAAGAACUGCCUGUCACCUGGCCGGGAGGAGAAGGGCCGGCUACCUCCUCGGCUCUCUGCUGGAAACCCCAAGUCAGCCAAGCCCCUAGUCGUGGAACCCAGCAGCCCCCUGGGGGAGUGGACAGAUCCAGCACUGCCUCUGGAAAACCAGGUCUGGUACCACGGGGCCAUCAGCCGAACAGACGCCGAGAACCUGCUCCGGCUGUGCAAGGAAGCCAGCUACCUGGUACGCAACAGUGAGACCAGCAAGAAUGACUUCUCUCUCUCCCUCAAGAGCAGCCAGGGCUUCAUGCAUAUGAAGCUGUCCCGGACCAAGGAACACAAGUAUGUGUUGGGCCAGAACAGCCCACCCUUCAGCAGCGUCCCUGAAAUCGUGCACCACUAUGCCAGCCGCAAGCUGCCCAUUAAGGGGGCGGAGCACAUGUCCCUGCUCUACCCAGUGGCCAUCAGGACUCUGUAGAUGUGAGACCAGGGCACUACGAUAGACCUGGACGAAGCCCUUGUCACCUGCCCUAGGGCUGUGGUUCUUUCUUGCCAAGGACAUGAUGUCACAGACCUGGCUGUCCCUUGUCCUAGGAUCUAGUAGGCGCUGAAGAUACCUUAAUUUAUUACAAAGGGGAGAGAAUCCUGGGCUCUGGAAUAAAGGGGCUGUGUGGGGCUGGGAACAGAGGAAAGCCGGAGGAGGAAGGGGACUCCAGCCCCUGUCAGACCCUAGGGAGGAAGUGGCUACCCCCACUCCCAGCACCUUCCUCCGCUCCUCCCUCUCCAUCUUCCCAGCCCCUGUUCCCAGAGGGCCUGGCCGGGCUCGGGGCCAGAGGCUCGACCAGGCACGGCUGCAGGCGCCGCCCAGAGGCUGACGGGAGGGGACGGGGAGCGAGCGCAGACUCUGUCGAUAAACCCGCGCUGGAGCUGCCGCCGGCCGCCUGCGGAAAGCACUCUCCGUGCAUCCGGUUCCUUCCUUUGAGCAAACGUCAAGGCGCGCCCCGCCGCUGGCGCCGGGCAGGGGCCGUCCCGGGCCGCGUCGCUCCCACCACGGCUGCCCUGCGAGCCCCGCUUCCCGCCGGCAGCCGUGUGUCUGGCAGGCGCGGAGAGACAAAGGGGCGGCGCCGCCACGAGGGAGGUGCGCGCGGGCGGAAGCCUUCCCCCACCGCCCCCGCUGGUCCACCGGCCCUGCGAGCGGCGGCGCUCUCCCUUAGCGCCCUCUGCUGGCCGGGUGCUCAGGGCGCCUCCGCCGACGCCCGUGGCCCGGGUUCUCCCCGCUGCCCCAAGAGCAAGUUCAUUGGGGGAAGACGGGACGACCUGAGGCCCCUUACCUCAACCCAACCCCCGGGCGCUAAUGUAUGCCGUGAAUCGCCCUAGAGGGGCUAGGAGACUUCUGUCUCCUCUCUGCCUGGAAGACCUUGUCUCAGGCCAGCAGCUCCCUGGAGACUCUUCUCUGCCCUUCCUGAGUGCCAUCAGCCUAACUGGCCAAAGUGGCUAGGGUACCCUUCAGGAGGACAGAAGGGACCCCCAUUGGGGUACUCCGCCUUUGCUGCUUUUACUCGGUCUGGCAAGACGUAUGGACCACCGUGGCAAGCCCAGUGGAUGGAUAAUUUCCUUAGCCUUACCCUGACCUGAGACAGAAAGGAAAAAAAAGAACCCCAAAGGUGGAAACGCAGUUUAUUUGCAAAAGAGACCACUGGAACUGGGAAAAUAGGGCAGAGGGGCACUGCUCCAGGCGGCUAGUAGGCACGGAAAGGUCUGACUGCAUUUUAAAACUCAAAAGGUCAGUUGUCCAGUUAGGCUGGUCCUGAGGUUUCUGUAUGUUUGCUCUACCUACUCUAAGACAUCUCCCAGCCAUGUUCAAAGUGGGGAACUGGAAGAGAGAAGAGUUGCAGAGUGUAGAGGGCUCAAAGAUGCCUGCAUCUGUACCACCAACUUCAUCUUCAGACUACCUACACAAACGAUAGCUUGUCAACUGA